GUCACACCGGAAGUCCUAGAGUAAAAUUUUCCGGUGGAGUUCCGGAUAAGGUCAAUUCAAGAUGGCGGCUCACAUGUCCCGGUGCAGAACCUGGAGUCGUGUUCAAAGGUUUGGAAUAGCAGCAUACCGGAAGUACAGCAGCAGCGGCGGAGGAUACCCAAACAUCUCUCUGUCUUCCCCACUGCCUGGCAUCCCUAAGCCCGUCUUUGCAUCCGUGGACGGGCAGGAAAAGUACGAAACUAGAAUCACCACCUUAGAAAAUGGCCUCAAAGUCGCCUCACAAAACAAGUUCGGCCAAUUCUGCACAGUUGGGAUAUUAGUCAACUCUGGAUCCAGACAUGAAGCAAAAUACCCGAGUGGGAUCGCUCACUUUAUGGAAAAACUUGCUUUUUCUUCCACAGCUCAGUACGGGAGUAAAGAUGAGAUUCUGUUGACAUUGGAGAAACACGGCGGGAUAUGCGACUGCCAAACAUCAAGAGACACCACCAUGUACGCGGUGUCGGCCGAAGUCAAGGGCCUGGACACGGUGGUCAGUCUCCUCGCGGACGCCGUCCUGCAGCCCCGCCUACUUGACGAGGAAAUCGAGAUGACGAGGAUGGCGGUUCGUUUCGAGCUGGAAGAUUUGAGCAUGCGGCCUGACCCUGAGCCUUUACUCACAGAGAUGAUCCACGCCGCUGCAUAUCGAGGCAACACGGUGGGGCUGCCUCGUUUCUGUCCCGCGGACAACGUGGACAGGAUCGACAAGAAGGUGCUGCACUGCUACCUCGCCAGCUACUACUGCCCUGAGCGCAUGGUGCUGGCGGGCGUGGGCAUCGAACACGAGCAGCUGGUGGAGUGCGCUCGCAAGUACCUGCUGGGAGUGAAGCCCGUGUGGGGGGAGGGCACGGCAGCCAACGUGGACCUCUCCGUGGCACAGUACACGGGAGGCAUUGUCAAGAUGGAGAAGGACAUGUCCGACGUGAGCUUGGGCCCCACCCCCAUCCCGGAGCUGACACACAUCAUGAUCGGCCUGGAGAGCUGCUCCUUCCUGGAGGACGACUUCAUCCCGUUUGCUGUCCUCAACAUGAUGAUGGGCGGAGGGGGCUCCUUCUCUGCAGGAGGACCCGGGAAAGGCAUGUUCACGCGUCUCUACCUCAACGUGCUCAACAGGCAUCACUGGAUGUACAACGCCACGUCCUACCAUCACAGCUACGAGGACAGCGGCCUGCUGUGCAUCCACGCCAGCGCAGACCCCAGACAGGUUCGGGAGAUGGUGGAGAUAAUAACACGAGAAUUCAUCCAGAUGGCGGGAAAUGCCGGGGAGACGGAGCUGGAGCGAGCCAAGACGCAGCUCAAGUCCAUGCUGAUGAUGAACCUGGAGGCGAGGCCCGUUAUUUUCGAGGACGUGGGCCGCCAGGUUCUGUCCACGGGCAAGCGGAAGCUGCCCCAUGAACUCUGUGCACUAAUCAGCGACGUGAAAGCGAGCGACAUCAAGAGGGUGACCGCCAAGAUGAUGCGCAGCAAGCCGGCCGUAGCGGCGUUGGGAGACCUGACAGAGAUGCCGUCUUAUGAACACAUCCAGGCUGCCCUGUCCAGUAAGGACGGACGGCUGCCUCGGAUGUACCGCCUCUUCCGAUAAAGACGCCGCGUGGACAUCCGUGACGUCGGUGUAAAUACAAAACACACACAAACAAGGACCUCAACGUUACGCUAGUUCUGCCUCCUGACACUGAACUCUGCUCUCUCUGGGAGGGGGGACUAAUACCUGGGCCUGUUUAUAGAAAGGACACGUCAUACUCUACAGUAUUCACCUGUGUCAACACAGUACCUGUAUUUAUUCUUGCUUUGCUGCUUUACUUCAGCAUGUUCCCUCUUUUUUUUUUUAAAGGACUCCACAACACAAAGUAUUGAUUUGCUUUCCAAGAUGUCCUUCCAGAUGGUAAUAAUAAGGAUACAUAAUAAGAUCAACAAAACUAGCAGUAAUAAUCAUGCAGUGUGAUUUUCAAAAUGUAACACUUCAGACACUGAUUUAACAUUUCAAUAAAGAACAUUUUGUAU